ACCAGAGACCGGCAUAACAAGAAAAUGAGCAUUCAGUUCAUCGGGAGCAUUCGAAGUGAUCGCAUCGCAGACUAAUAAUACGUGAAUUUUCUACUAAAUAGUAAGUUCGGAAAAGAAUUUAAAGAUGGCAAAAAGUGUUGAACUGAAGAAUCCUCACUUGAAUGCUAUGAAUUCGGACUAUUUGUAUCAUCUGAAUAUCAAUGUGCCCAACACCAAGGACACCAGCGAUUUUCAAAAGCAAUUUGGCGAUGUCAGAGUUGUUUGCGCGGGUGGCACCAAGAGUCGAAUGUAUGAACUGGCUCUUCAUUUGCGAGAUCUAUUGAAAAUCAAAAAGAAAGAUAGCGAUAUUGUGGAUUUGAGUGAAUCGGGCCAUCGCUAUGCACUGUUUAAAGUUGGUCCCAUUCUUUGUGCUAGCCACGGGGUGGGCUCAUCCACAUUCAGUGUGGUGCUGCACGAGUUGCUCAAGCUGGUCAAGUAUGCCAAGUGCGAGGAUCCUGUUUUCAUACGCGUGGGAACAUGCGGAGGUAUAGGUGUGCCACCUGGCACCGUGGUGGUGACCAAGAAUGCCUACAAUGGAUUGCUACGCAACGAACAUGAGAUCUUCAUACUUGGUGAACGCGUGGUGCGACCAGCUAGAUUUCCUGAGAAUGUUAUCAAGGAUAUUGUGGCAUAUGGUGCAAGCGCCGAUGAUGAUUUCCAGAUUAUAAGUGGCAACACAAUGUCCACGGACUGUUUCUAUGAAGGUCAGGGACGAAUUGAUGGUGCCAUCUGUGAGUACGAUGAGAACGCCAAGAUGUCAUUCCUUAAGAGAUGCCAUGGACUGGGCAUACGCAACAUUGAAAUGGAGGCCACGAUGUUUGCAUCGGUGACCUAUCACGCAGGUGUCAAGGCUGCCGAUAUUUGUGUGACCCUUAUUAAUCGUUUGAAUGGCGAUCAAGUUGAGAUCACCAUGGAGACUAAGAAGACUUAUGAAUCGCGCCCAUUCCUUGUGGUGGGACGUUAUGUUAAGAAGCUGUUGGAGUGAACCAAAUAAUGCGAGUUUAUUCAUUUCAUUUCAAUUAUAUUCCAUUUUACUUCAUUAAAGCUCUUCGAUGAGAA